GUCUCUGUGCCCACAGAACAUGCUGAAGCUGCUGGUGGCGGGCUCGGGGCAGUCUCGGACGGGGGUGAUGAUCCCGAUCCCGCAGUACCCGCUGUACUCGGCGGCGCUGGCCGAGCUGGAGGCCGUGCAGGUCAAUUAUUACCUUAAUGAGGAGCGAGGAUGGGCCCUCGACGUGGCCGAGCUCAGGAGGGCGCUGGCUGAGGGCAGGAGGCGCUGCUGCCCCCGGGCACUGUGCAUCAUCAACCCCGGGAACCCCACAGGCCAGGUGCAGAGCCGGGAGUGCAUCGAGGACGUCAUCAAAUUCGCCUACGAGGAGAAGCUUUUCCUGCUGGCUGACGAGGUGUACCAGGACAACGUCUACGCCGAGGGCUCCGCCUUCCACUCCUUCAAGAAGGUGCUGAUGCAGCUGGGACCUCCCUACUCAGAGUCGGUGGAAUUGGCCUCCUUCCACUCCAUCUCCAAGGGAUACAUGGGAGAGUGUGGGCUGCGGGGGGGGUACAUGGAGGUGGUGAACCUGGACCCGUUGGUGAAGGAGCAGCUGGCCAAACUGGUGUCCGUGCGGCUCUGCCCCCCCGUGCCUGGGCAGGUGGUCCUGGACGUGGUCAUGGACCCCCCCCAGCCCGGGGACCCUUCCUACGAGAGAUUCCACGCGGAGAAGACGGCCGUGCUGAGCACCCUGGCCCAGAAGGCGCAGAUGACCCAGGAGAUCUUCAACAGGACCCCCGGGAUCCACUGCAACCCCGUGCAGGGGGCCAUGUACUCCUUCCCACGCAUCGACCUGCCCCCCAAAGCCCUGGAGGCGGCCAAGGCUCAGAACCAGGCCCCUGACAUGUUCUUCUGCAUGAGGCUGCUGGAGGAGACGGGCAUCUGCGUCGUGCCCGGCAGCGGCUUCGGGCAACGAGAGGGCACCUUCCACUUCCGGUGA